ACGCACAGCCUCGCACCCUCACCACUCGCUGUGGCGCUGGCCGGAUGCUGGUGAGGAGGGUGGUCACCCUCCUUUGCCUGGCCGCCACCGUCUCCCAGAGCCUGGCUAUCCCCAGGAUCCAGGAAUGUGGCUUCUCCUGUUCUCAGGACUUUGUCUGCAGGAGCCGCAAGAAACAGAAUAUCCGCAGCAGCUUCUGCCAGGUGCCCCCCACCCCCAUGUCCCGGUCUGUCCUGGAGGCCCUGGAGCUGUCCACAGGCAUGAAGUGUGACCCCCACGAAGGCUGCUCUCUGCACCUCCGAGUACUCGCCUCCGUCACGCUGCGCGAGGGCCUGCAGGGCCUGGAAGUCUGCACCUCGAGUCUCGACACCCAGAAAAUGCAGUGUCAGGGUGUGCGGGUGUCACGGGCCUCCCGCCAGCUUCAUUCAGGACAGCAGCUCCAGGUACAGUUUGGCUGCUUCCAAGUCAGCGUGGCCCAGCACCUCCAUGUCACUCUGAGAACCACCCCCUACUUCUGUGGGGUCCAGCUGGACCAGCAGUACCACGUGGAAGACUGCAGAGACGAAGACCUGGGAGAGAACAUGCCCGAGUGCAUGGCUGGGAAGCUCACCUACCAGGUGCACCGAGGGCAGAAGGCCAUCCUGGUGGAGGUACCCAAUGCCCUGGGGGGCGCCGACUACUAUGUGCGGCUCUGCUUGCGGUGGCUCACAUGUAAGGACGUUGGCCCCACGGUUCGGGUACCUAGAAAUGCUGUCUCCAGGAAGGUGUCUCUGCCCUACCGCCAAGCGCUGCCCUGUCUGUGCCUGGAGGGCUGGUUUGCGACCCCCGAUGCCGUUCGGAUCCAGAUGUGCCCCUUCAAAGAUGACCCUGCAGGCAUCCAGGCGCUGUGGGACACCAUCCAGUACCACCCGGGCAGCCAGGUGCUGAGCUGGGCGCCCACCUGCCCGGUGAGCGGCCGCGUGAGCCUCUGCUGGCUCUCAGACCCUGGUGCCACCUGCAGCGAGCUGUCCGACUCAAGCCGGCCGGCCCAUGGCAAGGUCCGGUACCCACUGGUGGACACGCAGCCCCAGCUCUGCCUGCAGUUCUCCACACUCAGGGGCUUCUGGGUGCGGUGCCCCUUCGCCCAGAGACGCUUCCCAGCCUGGAAGAUGACGGUUCAGCCCGCUCCAUCCCAGGGCUUCCUCCGCGCCACCUUCUUCUCCCCCAGCCCCGCUCGCUUCCAGGUGCGCCUGUGCAGCUGGUGGGAACCUCCGCUCGCCCCCUGCGGCCUGGCGCUGGACGCCACGCCCCUCCCUGCAGCCUCGGGCGAGCCCUCCGCGCAGCCCGCGGCCGCCUUCCUGGACCUGCCCUGGGAUGAGGCCUGUGCGCCCGGCAUCUGUGUCCAGGGCUGGAGGUCGGACGUGCGCUUCUCGGUUCCGCAGCAACUGUGCCACGUGCAGUGCAGUGAGGCCGUCACCAGAGAGACUACAGCUGAGUUCCCGAGUCUCAUUAGGAACAAGCUCCACCAGCCCCCAGGGGCUCUCAGACAGCCUGUGGACACAGCCUCCAUCAUUGCCCCAGAACCAUGGGCCUGGCCUCCUGCCCGCCACCUGUCGGAAGUGCUCCCAGGACACCGGGCGUGUGGUGACCACCCUUUCCACAGCUGAAGGGCCAGUCCCAUGGGGCACGGCCAAGGACCACCCCCGGCCUCCACCCCAUACUGGGCCAGGAUCCAAACCGAGCGGCCACGCAGACUCAGGUCUCCCAGCCCCCUGCCCUGCCCACCUGUUGGGGUUCACUCCCCAGAGGCUGCCUGGAGACUGGAACAGUCAUACAUUUCCAGACCCUGGGGGGCAGCUGUGUGUUGCCAGGCUCCAGCCAUGGGCCCCUUCCCACAUUGUCACCCGAGUCCCUGCUGAGGGCGGCCCUCACUGUCCUCGGCAGUCGAAGUGUGGUCCCCACCGGGCUCUGUUCUCAGUCGAGAGUGAAGCAUGCUGGGGCCUGUCCACCCUGCAUGCCCACUUCCAGGUCUUCGCCCUGGCUGUCCCCCCUCCUCUGGCCAUGGUCAUCAGGCCUGCCUGUCCCCUCUGCCCAUAGCAGUAGGGACUUUUGUCCAUGGCACCCUGCACCCCGGGACUGUGGGGGCCACCUGUUCUGCUCACUCAGUAAACACCUCUACACCCACCGCCUGGGCCCCCUAGCCUCUUCCCGGCAGUAUAGCACUGAGUCAGCUGGAAAGGGCACCCCUGGAGCAAGGGGGGGUCAGGUGGCCCAGUGUGCCUGGUAGAACAGGGCAGAAGCCUCUAGGGCCCAGAGACCCCAUCCAGAGGGCUCCUCCCAAGUGGGUUCAGCAAGGGUGAAGCUAGGGAGGGGGGCCUCAGAGGGGGCAUCAGGUAGGCAGUACAGAUGCUGAAGGAGCCCGCCCACUCCUUGUGGCCCAGCAGACCCUAGAACACCCUGAAGCACUCACACCCGCAGCCGCCCCCCAUGUGUGUUUGAGGGUCUGCUUGCAGUGAUCCCUGGUCUUGGCGUUCCUCGGGCCCCAGUCCUCCCACUGAGCAAGAGACCGAAUGGGAGUGAAGACCCUCAGUGACCAGGCCCCAGCCACCUCACUUAGUGGUGAACCCCAAGCCCCACAAGGCAGGCAGGAUGUGUAUGCUGAGACACUGUAGGCAGACUCCUGGGCAGCAGGGACAGAAAGCCCAUCAGGCACUCCUAGGGAAGCCAUGAAGGGCGGGCACCACCAGCCACUGAACCCCAGGCCAGGCUGGAACAUUAGAGGGUGGGUUUGGGACACAGAGACAGCUGUGGCCGUGGUACCCCGGACUCCAGGCACCCCAACAGGGCCAGGGCAUGGGGCAGGGUCUGUGCUCUGUCCUUGAUGCCUUCCUCAUCACAGGAGAAAGCCUCUGGGGCUAAUCCUUACA